UUUCGGGUUGAUCCGACUUCUUUUGGCUGCCGUGAGUUCACUGUAUUGUAAAGGGUACUGAGAAUCCAGGAGGAGGAGGGGGGGUCGAUUUGCCAAAAAUUCUCCCGCUUGGGUUCACAUCCGGAGUCCGGACGACCAUAAUUUAACGCACCUCUUACCUUUUAAGAAACUGAGUUUUAUUGUUUUUAUUAAUUUAUUCUAUUUGUCUUAGUUUAUGGUUUACGUUAACACUCCGGGAGGGCAGAAAUGGCGGCCAACAUGUACCGGGUCGGAGAUUAUGUAUUCUUUGAGAACUCCUCAAGUAACCCAUACCUGAUCCGGCGGAUAGAAGAACUCAACAAGACGGCCAGUGGGAAUGUGGAGGCCAAGGUGGUUUGUUUCUACAGAAGGAGAGACAUCUCCCACAGCCUCAUCCAGCUCGCAGACAAACACGCAAAGGAGUUGGAAGAGGAGAAGGAGAGCCCGACAGAGACCGAGCUAACAGAAAAACAGAAACACCAGCUUCGCCACAGAGAGCUCUUCCUCUCCCGGCAGUAUGAGAGUCUACCUGCGACACACAUCAGGGGGAAGUGCAGUGUCGCAUUAUUGAAUGAAACUGAAGCCGUUCUCUCGUACCUUGACAAAGAGGAUACGUUCUUCUACUCGCUGGUGUACGACCCAACACAGAAGACCCUGCUGGCCGACAAAGGAGAGAUCAGAGUGGGACCGCGCUUUCAGGCAGACGUACCUGAAAUGUUACAAGAGGGUGAGGCAGAUGACAGGGACCAGUCCAAGCUAGAAGAGAAGCUGUGGGAUCCAGAGUGCCCACUCACCAACAAACAGAUAGACCAAUUCCUAGUGGUGGCACGGGCUGUUGGGACCUUUGCUCGAGCGUUGGACUGCAGCAGCUCAGUCAGACAGCCGAGCCUACACAUGAGUGCAGCUGCAGCCUCACGAGAUAUCACACUGUUCCAUGCGAUGGACACGCUCCAUCGUCAUAAUUACGACCUGUCCAGUGCGCUGAGUGUACUGGUCCCAGCGGGCGGCCCAGUGCUCUGCAGGGAUGAGAUGGAGGAGUGGAGCGCCUCGGAAGCUGCCAUGUUUGAAGAGGCACUAGAGAAAUACGGAAAAGACUUCAACGACAUCCGACAAGACUUUCUGCCAUGGAAGUCUCUGACUAGUAUCAUAGAGUACUACUACAUGUGGAAGACCACAGACAGAUAUGUGCAACAGAAGAGACUGAAGGCAGCAGAGGCAGAGAGCAAACUGAAGCAGGUUUAUAUCCCCACAUAUAACAAGCCCAAUCCCAACCAGAUCUCAAUGACCAAUGGCAAGAUGGCGACGGUGAAUGGAGCGGGCCCUGGGGCCUACCAUGCAGCAGGCGGGGGCAGAGCCUGCGAGAGCUGCUAUACCAUGCAGUCGGCCCAGUGGUACUCAUGGGGGCCUCCGAACAUGCAGUGCCGCCUGUGCGUUUCCUGCUGGAUGUACUGGAAGAAGUAUGGAGGCCUGAAGAUGCCAAGCAGAGCAGAGGGCCCAGAGGAGAGGACCUCCCCGAGUCCAGCAACCAAUGAGCCUCGCUCGCGGGGUCACGCUCCUCGCCAGUCCAACCACAUGGUGCCAAUGCGAAACAGCGGCAGCCCCAAGUCCUCCAUGAAGACCAAGCAGGCUUUCCUGCUGCAGGCCACCCGCCUCACCAAGCUGGCCCGGCACAUGUGCCGUGACAUCAUCAGGCUGCGCCGUGCUGCGCGCCGGCCCUUUGUCCCCAUUAACUGUGGGGCCAUAAAGGCAGAGUACAUGUUAAGGGUGUCGGAAGGGCAGGGGACUCGCCUACCCAAAACCAGAGCUGCCCAAAGGAGCACUCUCACCAGUGUUCUCCAGUUUCUAGAGUCUCGUCCGGCUGCCCACGCCCCGCGCUCCCACCGCACCGCGGGCCUGCAGACGCCUCCACCUCGACGCCUCCUCUCCUCUCUCCCACACGGUCCCCACGGCAUGCUGGGAAAACGCAGCUACCAUCACCACAGCAGGGCUGAGCCGGACAGGCGUGCAGAUAACCCAGGUACAACAGGUGGACCCCUCCUGCAUAACGGCCGCAGCAGCAGCUCCGGAAACACCCGAGGCGGAGUGAUGAUCCGCAAGAGACGCCCUAACUGGAUUGAUGCUCCUGAUGACAGCUUCUUCCUUGUCACCCGGGAGACCAGGAGGGCCAGACGGAUGCUGUCCCGCUCCCAGCUGAGGCACGCUUGUCGGCAGCCAUGCGAGCAGAUCACCCUGCGCAGGGUCACCCAGGGCCCGCCACAGGGGCUCGUCCUCGCCCCUCCACACCCUCACCCCAGCCUGAGGAUGCGAGGCCCAAUCGUCAUCCAUGACUGACGGGACACCGUACCCUCUGACACCACUGCUGCAUACACACCAACAAAUUCUCGCCUCCUUUUCUCUCAUUAAAGGAACACUUCACCCACAAAAUGACCGUUUGUAUAUCAACCACUCAUCCAGUGUUGCGUUGAAUUUGCAAAGAGGACUCUGUUUUUCUCGCAUGUCUCCAUGGUGAGCAAUUGAUGUACAGAGGGGCCACAUUUAACAACAGCAAAACUAUAUCAAAUUAUCUGUUUACAAACUCAUAAAACUCGUGCAGCCGUAUGCUCGGUACUUCCCAAGCACAUGUAUUUUUAUUUAAACCUUACCAUUUAAAACUGAACUGGAAGUGAAACUCGAGUAUGCCCUCUUCAAAGCCAAACUCCACUGACAAAAAAACAUUAAGUUUACAUCACUGAACUGCUGGUCUACCCCGCCUCGAUCAGUUUGUCUUUGUUAUUGUGUGAGUUUGGUGACAUAAAGGGUAAGUUCAGAUUCACCAAACUCACACAAUAACACAAGCAAACUAACUGCUGAUCACCACAGAAGACGAAUGAAUAUAAAGGGACACUUUGCUUUUAUUGAACCAGCUGUGUGGCAUCGCAGUGUGUGCAGAUGAACGCUGUUCGGCCGGUGCCAGCACCUGGACCUCCGCCGCCAGACGGGCAGGGAUCUCUGGGUGAAAUCAAACAACAUUCAUGUGAUGCCACACAGCUGGUUGAAUAUCAGCAAAGUUUCCCUGCUUCCCUUCACUGGCUCCUGUACAGCAGGGUCGGUCUUUGUUUCACUGUUAUAAUCAUUAAAAAGCAAAAGCAGCAUGUGUAUACAUUCAGUAGGCUAUAUCUUCAGUAGCUAGCUAGCUAACCCUACAUUUUCCGGGGUCUGAAACGUAUAUCUUUUUCCAACCUCUCCAGAUAACGAGUAUCAUUAAUACACAAUGUGCCCCAGGCACAACAUUUAGCUCCAAAUCCAAAAACCAGCCUGAAAAUGAAGGAAAUCUGAAACAAAUGAGCACAGCUGUGUUGUUGUCGGACCCUGAUGCUAAGUUGAUGAUUGGCCAGUCUGCGUCCGGGGGCGGGACACAGUGAAGGGUCAAUUAGGAAGCACUGUGCAUACAAUGAGCUGUGUGAGAGUAUUUAAAGCAUGCUGCUAAACGUGGCCCCCUAUGACUUCAAUUCAUCGAGAAUUUUCUGCGGGUUUGAGUCUUCCUUCCCUGCGGAGGGAUGCGACAAAAACAACAUUUUUCUUCACAAAUUCAGCGUAACACAGGGUGAGUAAUUGAUAUACAAAUAAUCAUUUUGUGGGUGAAGUGUUCCUUUAAAGUCCUUGAUUCCUUAAAAUGCAGUUAUAAUCCCGAACACUUAAAGAAGCUGUCUAACUGUUUGGCAACAGAAGGAUGUCAUGAGCCGUGAUGCAAUAGAAAAAACACCUGAGGUGACUGCAAGUGCUGCCUGUCUUAAAUCCUGGGAAUGUGUUUGUAUGUGUAAAUACUGUAUUUGGGUGCAUGCGAGUGUGCGAUAGAGUGUGUCUGUCUGUGUGCGUGCGUGUGUGCGUGUGUGUGUGAGAUCAUGCCAACAACACAUGAGAGAGCGUGUUGACGUGUGCUGUUCUUGGUUUUUAUGGAUGGAGGACAUAACGACAGAACUUUGUGGGACUUUUUUUUGUGUUGAUGGUGAAUCAUUGUGAAGUUUUAUCAGUUUGUAUGAAGUUAUUUUGGGAGCAGGGUCGGGGUGGGGG